CCUGCAAGAAGUGUCCUCAUAAAUACAAGUUUGAACGUGUUUUUUCAAUGCGCCGGAAGGCGAAGUCACGGCAGAAGAAAGUAGGAUCGAUUCCAAUUUACCUUCCCAAUCUGUAAGAUCGUUGCCAACUAGGGCUGAUUCUCAUGAUGGAGGGGGAUACAAGGCGACCGCAAGUAGAGACAGCAAGCGUGUCGACAACAUACUCGGUGGACACCGAAUCGACCAGUGCCUUGGUGUACAUAUCCAACGGGGAACUUGUCCCCGGCUACGCCGCUACUGCGCUCCUGAAAGAGGAAAGUUGGAGAUCACGACUGUCCGCUACAACCAGCGGUUCAACAAGUGGGAGCAGAGCGAAGGGGGUCGUGUCCGCGUCGCCGACGGACGAAGUAGAAGAUGGUGCAGAGGAGCAUGCUGAUGUUGAACAAGGAUUGCUCUACGCUCCUCCGCAAGCGACAGGAGAUAAUCAUCUACACCGCGGGCGAAGGGGACGCACUAAUGCGCAGAAGGUCUUUGACGCAGUGAAUGGCGACGGUGCGGCAGAGCAGCGCGUGAGUGCGUUGGAGAACCUGGAUCACAGUCUCCAGUCGGCGGUUCUCGUGUCUUCCAUGUAUGCGCUGGCCGGGCUGAAGUGCACUGCUGGGGGGACAAAUGUCCAACUGUAUGCGGAGGCCUUGUGGAUGUGGGGCAUCACUUUUGCCUCCUACUCGCUGCAGUUUCUUCUCGUCAUCGCGGUGCAAAUGGAGAUCACGGGGAAGUUUGCCGUCGCGUGGAAGCAAAGUCUCCAGGAGCUGAUUCCAGCGUUGGGCACAACCACCUCCGAAACCGUCAAAACUGCCUUCUCAAGCUUUCUCAGCCUGGGAUCCGCCGAGCAUCUCGCGCAGCAGCCUGGUGCUGGGUUCCACUGGUCAGCGGACAGGCGGUUCCUGCCCGCAGGGGCCAACAACAACCCGCGGCUUGACCAGCAGCCCGCCAGCAGCAAUAUCGAGGAUCGAGCCAACAUGUGGACCACACAUCAUGCUGCGGCGAACAUCACAGAGCACCUAACGUACCUUCGCGAAAACCAACCGGACAAAUUUAAUGAAGUCUGUGACUGGUCCAUUUCUUCCGACAUUUGGCUGAUUCUCUCCCUGGCCCUAAUUCACGUGUUUGCGGUCUGGGCAGAAACUGGGAAGCGGCUGCACAUCACUGGCUGGUGCUUUCUCGGAUCGCACCGGAUUCCGUCUGGCCGUGCCGCUGACUCGAUUGCACUGGAAGCGAGCGUGGAAUUUGAAGAUGAAGACGCGAAACAGGUGGAGGGCGGACGACGACUUUCGCACAAAAUCACGUCUGUCGACAAGGACCUUAUGUUCGUGCUGGUUGGCUGCCCGCGGUGGUUCAAGCUGAUCUUUAACCUAUUCGUCGUGUUGCCGCAGGUUGUGGUCGCGGCCUCGACCCUUGCAAUCGGUUUGGAGUACUACAUCACUGCGACCAUUGACAACAUCCUAGGUAACGCCGCACUCUUCCUGAUUGUUUUACAGGUCGACGACUACGUGUAUGAGGCCGUGACGACGCCCGAGCGCCAGAAGGAGACAACGGAUGCGCGGAUUCUGAUCUCGCGGCACAUGAAAGCGGACAAACUGAACCCUCGGACCAUGUGGGUACGCUCGCUCUUUGCGGUCUUGAUUCCCCUUCUGCUGUGGUACUUGAUAGUACACAUCGUCCCUGCGAGGGUUGGUAGUAUCAACUGCAAAAAUGUCUGGGUCUGGAAACUUGUAAUGCUAAAAGUGGAUGAUAGCUGGACUGCAAUACGCAGCCAGGCAUGACAAAUUUUUGAGCUGCUAUGUGUUGCGUAUUCCGCAUGAGAAACAACGUUUUCACAUGACAGAUAGGAGACCCUUUUCGUGCCCAUGCAUCACAGAUUCUCGAGUCAUGUCAGCCAUGCAUGACAAAUGUAAGAAUCUUCCAGACCCAGACAUUUUUGCAAUCCAUAGGUAGGACGCCGGAGCAGAUCGAAGAAAUGAUGGACUACUGCAAGACUAUCCACUGCAGAUGCGUUGUCGGGGUCUGGAAAUUACGUAGCGAGUUCAUGCUUGUUUUAUCGCACUCCCGGGAAUAUAUAAUUCUGUGUUCUUGCAUGAGGGGCAAUAAAAGCAGAGCUUUGAUGUCUGGCACGCGAUGAACGCGCAACUUUUAAUGGAUGCGCACUACGCAUGGGGGGGCGUAGUUCGCGCUCCAAAGACUUGCUGUCCUCUGCUGUACUCACAAGCGUCCCUGGUUUCAUUCGCAAAUUUAUGCGUGAUGCAUGUACAUGUUUGCAGACCAAGACACAUUUGCAGUUGAUAAGAACGGAUCUGAGAACACGGAUAUUCAACAACACCUGGGACUGGACGGAUUUGCUCAAUAUUCUGGAGGAGUACUGAAGGGGCCGACUCGCUUUAUAAGAGGGCACGAGUCCUCCUUCCACUCAUUUGUAAUGCAAAAUACCAAAUUAAUCCACUUCCACAUCUUGCCGGGCCCCGCACUCCCGGCAUGGAAAGUUAAUUUCGGAACCCUAAACUGUACUAGCAUCCGUGUGCGGGCGUGUUAUGCGAAUAAAAUUAAGAUAAAUUAAAGUUUUUGCCCAGUUUCGGAAGUCUGUACACUGUACUAGAAAGUAAGAGAAUGCGUUUGUUCAAGAAAUUGUUUCACUUCAAUACAUUGAUUUGUGUCCGUAAGUUGCCGGUCCAUCGUGUACAACGGCGCAAAGGAAGUUCGUCUGCUCGUUGGACCACUAGGCUCUGAAAUGCGAAGAUUCACUUCCGUCAGCAAAUAGUUCGACCGUGGCUGUUUUUCUAUUCGCUGUCAGGCUACCUGUGUGUAUCUCACCUUAAUGAAAAUUAAUGUUAGACCUGUACAAUGAGAAUGAUCCAGAAACUCGAAGAACGGCUCAGAAAAGUAUUGCGACGCAGUUCUGUCGCAGGGCAGUGAAGUUCAUUCCAACUACGCAAGAUGAGCACUUCCUAUGAUGAUUGGAUCACUUGGGACACCUUCUGAACUAAGCUUUCUCAAGCAACAAGUUUAGUAAUGUGAACAACUACGUGACCGCCCC